AUGAGGUGCCACGUUGCCACCGGCUGCCUCGUGGCCUGGCUGUUUGUGCUGAUCUCCGGAUGCCUGGGCCAGGUGAACCGACUGCCCUUCUUCACCAACCACUUCUUUGACACGUACCUGCUCAUCAGCGAGGACACGCCCGUGGGUUCCUCUGUGACCCAGUUGCUGGCCCGAGAUAUGGACAACGACCCCCUGGUGUUUGGCGUGUCUGGGGAGGAGGCCUCCCGCUUCUUUGCCGUGGAGCCUGACACAGGGGUGGUGUGGCUACGGCAGCCGCUGGACAGAGAGACCAAGUCUGAGUUCACAGUGGAGUUCUCUGUCAGCGACCACCAGGGGGUGAUCACGCGGAAGGUGAACAUCCAGGUCGGGGACGUGAAUGACAACGCGCCCACGUUUCACAAUCAGCCCUACAGCGUCCGCAUCCCUGAGGUAGGAGCCCCCAGCGAUCUUGUGUCCUGCGGGGACCCAGACAGGGGUGCUGGAGGGGGGAUCUUGAGGCGCUCCCACCCUCCCUCUGAGUUUCUGGCUGUCAGCGAUGCCCAGCACGGUAUUAUUAAUAUUCAUCGCGUUCUUGUCUACAAGUCUUCUGGAAGGCACCAGAUGACAAAAAUCGCAACUGAUCAAGACAAGACCAGGCCUCUGUCCACCCUGGCCAACUUGGCCAUCAUCAUCACAGAUGUCCAGGACAUGGACCCUAUCUUCAUCAACCUGCCUUACAGCACUAACAUCUAUGAGCAUUCUCCUCCGGGCACAACCGUGCGAGUUAUCACUGCCAUUGACCAGGAUAAAGGACGUCCCCGGGGGAUUGGCUACACCAUCGUCUCAGGGAAUACCAACAGCAUCUUCGCCCUGGACUACAUCAGUGGAGCGCUGACCUUGAACGGCCUACUGGACCGGGAGAACCCCCUGUACAGCCAUGGCUUCAUCCUGACCGUGAAGGGCACAGAGCUGAAUGAUGACCGCACCCCGUCCGAUGCCACAGUCACCACAACCUUCAACAUCUUGGUUAUCGACAUCAAUGACAAUGCCCCGGAGUUCAACAGCUCUGAAUACAGCGUGGCCAUCACUGAGCUAGCCCAGGUCGGCUUUGCUCUACCCCUCUUCAUCCAGGUAGUGGACAAGGACGAGAGUCUGGGCCUGAACAGCAUGUUCGAGGUGUACCUGGUGGGGAACAACUCCCAGCACUUCAUCAUCUCCCCCACCUCUGUCCAAGGGAAAGCGGACAUUCGCAUCCGGGUGGCCGUCCCCCUGGACUAUGAGACUGUGGACCGCUACGACUUUGAUCUCUUUGCCAACGAGAGUGUGCCUGACCACGUGGGCUAUGCCAAGGUGAAGAUCGCCCUCAUCAACGAGAAUGACAAUCGGCCCAUCUUCAGCCAGCCACUGUACAACGUCAGCUUGUACGAGAACGUCACCCUGGGGACCUCUGUGCUGACAGUCCUGGCAACAGACAAUGACGUGGGCACCUUCGGGGAGGUCAACUACUUCUUCAGCGAUGACCCUGACCGGUUCUCUCUGGACAAGGACACAGGCCUCAUCAUGCUGAUCGCCAGACUGGACUAUGAGCUCAUCCAACGCUUCACCUUGACAGUCAUCGCCCGGGAUGGGGGUGGGGAGGAGACCACAGGCCGGGUCAGGAUCAACGUGUUGGACGUCAACGACAACGUGCCCACCUUCCAGAAGGAUGCCUACGUGGGGGCCCUGAGAGAGAAUGAGCCUUCUGUCACACAGCUGGUGCGGCUCCGGGCGACAGAUGAAGACUCACCUCCCAACAACCAGAUCACCUACAGCAUCGUCAACGCCUCGGCCUUCGGCAGCUACUUCGACAUCAGCGUGUACGAGGGCUAUGGAGUGAUCAGUGUAAGCCGUCCCCUGGAUUAUGAACAGAUACCCAACGGGCUGAUUUAUCUGACAGUCAUGGCCAAGGAUGCUGGCAGCCCUCCUCUGAACAGCACUGUCCCUGUCACCAUCGAGGUGUUUGAUGAGAACGACAACCCGCCCACCUUCAGCAAGCCUGCCUACUUCGUCUCCGUGGUGGAGAACAUCAUGGCAGGGGCCACGGUGCUGUUCCUGAAUGCCACGGACCUGGACCGCUCCCGGGAGUACGGUCAGGAGUCCAUCAUCUACUCCUUGGAGGGCUCCUCCCAGUUUCGGAUCAACGCCCGCUCAGGCGAAAUUACCACCACCUCCCUGCUUGACCGUGAGACCAAGUCUGAGUACAUCCUCAUCGUACGAGCGGUGGACGGGGGCGUGGGCCACAACCAGAAAACCGGCAUCGCCACCGUGAACAUCACCCUCCUGGACAUCAACGACAACCACCCCACCUGGAAGGACGCCCCCUACUACAUCAACCUGGUGGAGAUGACCCCUCCAGAUUCUGACGUGACCACGGUGGUGGCCUUGGACCCGGACCUGGGAGAGAACGGCACCCUGGUGUAUAGGAUCCAGCCGCCCAACAAGUUCUACACCCUCAACAGCAGCACGGGCAAGAUCCGCACCACCCACGUCAUGCUGGAUCGGGAGAACCCCGACCCCCACGAGGCGGAGCUGAUGCGCAAGAUUAUCAUCUCUGUCACUGACUGCGGCAGGCCCCCUCUGCGAGCCACCAGCAGUGCCACAGUGUUUGUGAACCUCUUGGACCUCAAUGACAAUGACCCCACUUUUCAGAACCUGCCUUUCGUGGCCGAGGUGCUGGAAGGCACCCCGGCGGGGGUCUCUGUCUACCAGGUGGUGGCCAUCGACCUGGACGAGGGCCUGAACGGGCUGGUGUCCUACCGCAUACAGGUGGGCAUGCCCCGCAUGGACUUCCUCAUCAACAGCAGCAGCGGCGUGGUGGUCACCACUGCUGAGCUGGACCGCGAGCGCAUUGCCGAGUACCAGCUGCGCGUCGUGGCCAGUGACGCAGGCACACCCACCAAGAGCUCCACCGGCACGCUUACCGUCCGAGUGCUGGACGUGAACGACGAGACGCCCACCUUCUUCCCGGCGAUGUACAACGUCUCUGUGUCCGAAGAUGUGCCACGGGAGUUCCGGGUGGCCUGGCUGAACUGCACUGACAAUGACGUGGGCCUCAAUGCCGAGCUCAGCUAUUUCAUCACAGGUGGAAAUGUGGAUGGGAAGUUCAGCGUGGGCUACCGUGAUGCCGUUGUAAGAACAGUAGUGAGCCUGGACCGGGAGACCACAGCCGCAUACAUGCUCGUCCUGGAGGCCAUCGACAACGGCCCCGUAGGUAAGCGGCGCACGGGGACGGCCACCGUGUUUGUCACCGUCCUGGAUGUGAACGACAACCGGCCCAUCUUUCUGCAGAGCAGCUAUGAGGCCAGCGUCCCCGAGGACAUCCCUGAGGGACACAGCAUCGUGCAGCUCAAAGCCACAGAUGCAGAUGAGGGCGAGUUUGGGCGCGUGUGGUACCGCAUCCUUCACGGUAACCAUGGCAACAACUUCCGGAUCCACGUCGGCAACGGACUCCUGAUGCGAGGGCCCCGGCCCCUGGACCGAGAACGGAACUCAUCCCACGUGCUGAUAGUGGAGGCUUACAACCAUGACCUGGGCCCCAUGCGGAGCUCCGUCAGGGUGAUAGUGUAUGUGGAGGAUGUCAAUGACGAGGCCCCCGUGUUCACACAGCAGCAGUACAGCCGCCUGGGGCUUCGAGAGACCGCGGGUAUCGGCACAUCGGUCAUCGUCGUCCGAGCCACAGAUCGAGACACUGGGGACGGUGGCCUGGUGAAUUACCGCAUUCUGUCCGGCGCGGAGGGGAAGUUUGAGAUUGACGAGAGCACGGGGCUUAUCAUCACCGUGGAUUACCUGGACUAUGAGACCAAAACCAGCUACCUGAUGAACGUGUCUGCCACCGACCAGGCACCCCCCUUCAACCAGGGCUUCUGCAGCGUCUACAUCACUCUGCUCAACGAGCUGGACGAGGCUGUGCAGUUCUCCAAUGCCUCCUACGAGGCUGCCAUCUUGGAGAACCUGGCCCUGGGCACCGAGAUUGUGCGGGUCCAGGCCUACUCCAUUGACAACCUCAAUCAGAUCACCUACCGCUUCGACGCCUAUACCAGCACCCAGGCCAAAGCCCUCUUCAAGAUAGAUUCCAUCACGGGUGUGAUCACAGUCAAGGGCCUGGUGGACCGGGAAAAAGGCGACUUCUACACCCUGACGGUGGUGGCAGAUGACGGCGGCCCCAAGGCGGACUCUACCGUGGUGAGUGGGUCCCCGGGUGAGAGCCCCACAGAGACCACAGACAGAGAGCCGGAGGGAGGGGUGCGGUGCGGGGGGCGUUGGCGGGUGCUGGGAGCGCUGCAGACUGCUAACUGUUCGCACCCUUGCCUCUUCUCUCCCGUGGCUUCCCGCCGGGCCUGCCUACAGAAGGUCUACAUCACGGUGCUGGACGAGAAUGACAACAGUCCCCGGUUUGACUUCACCUCCGACUCAGCAGUCAGCGUGCCUGAGGACUGCCCCGUGGGCCAGCGUGUGGCCACCGUCAAGGCCCGGGACCCCGACGCUGGCAGCAAUGGGCAGGUCGUAGCAUCCGACCGUGGCACCCCUCCACGGAAGAAGGACCACAUCCUGCAGGUGACCAUCCUGGAUGUCAAUGACAACCCUCCCGUGAUUGAGAGCCCUUUGGGGUACAAUGUCAGCGUGAACGAGAACGUGGGCGGGGGUACUGCUGUGGUCCAGGUGAGAGCCACCGACCGUGACAUCGGGAUCAACAGCGUCCUGUCCUACUACAUCACUGAGGGCAAUGAGGACAUGACCUUCCGCAUGGACCGGAUCAGUGGCGAGAUCGCUACGCGGCCCGCCCCGCCCGACCGCGAGCGCCGGGGCUUUUACCACCUGGUGGUCACCGUGGAGGACGAAGGCACCCCCACCCUGUCGGUGGCCAGCCUAGAAGUGUCUAUGGCGGGCCCGCGCAUGCUGGUUCACCUGCAUCCGUAG